UACUGCUUCUUCCUCCACUGGCCCUGUAUGCUCUGUGUCCACGCUGCCUUCACUGAAGUCCCUAAAGAUGUCAGCGUGGGGGAGGGAGACAACGUGGAGAUGCCCUGCGCCUUUAAGGCAGUCAGCGCCACCCCCAUGUCUCUGGAGAUCCAGUGGUGGUACCUGAAGCAGGACGUCCCUAAAGACCUGAACCAGGAGCUGCAGAUCAGUGCUGUGUCCAACAGAGACUACAAGGUCAGUCCGAGGGCGGCCAAUAAAAUCAGUACUGUUCGUGUUCAGGGAAACGCCAUCUCUCACCGUCUCAGCCUGUCCAAGGUGAAGAAGGAGGACGAGGGCGUGUACGAGUGCCGGGUGUCCGACCUGUGGGCUGACGACACUCAGGAAUUUACGGUCCACGCCUCGCUGCAUGUGACAGCGGGCGACGGCAUGGUGGCGGAGGAAGCCGUGUCGCACAUCCAGAACCGCUGGUCUCUGAGGAAUACGAACGCAGCGCAGGGAGGGGACAGGGGGCCGGGGAGGGCCACGUCUGAGCCGGGACAGGGGCUGGCUGGAGGGCAGAGGUUCCUGGGGCCAGGGAGGCAUCGGGUGAUCCAACAGGCUCAACCUGGACUCAUUCCCGCCAUCUCCACCACCACCGCCGCCACCGUGGUUAAGUCUUCAGCAUCAGCGCUGCCCAGGAUCACAGCCGUCCUCUGGCUGCAGCACAGUACUGGUUCUGGUCUGGUCUUCUCCGUAGACCCGCUCCUCUUCCUCACCACCCUGCUGCUGCAUGAGCUCCUCUUCGUCCUGCUGAGACUUUAACCAAACGUGUUUGGAACUGAAACCCUCUCACUUUUAUACCAAAAAAGAACCAUAGCAGCAGAAGCCAGAACACACCACUGAUGGGGACCAGGAGGAGUCCUGGAUCAGAGCUGGAUGGUGGCCGUUCAGAGUGUUGACCCCAACAGGUGUACAGCACGGUGUAGAGCAUGGCGUCUGCACGGCGUAGAGCACGGCGUCUGCACGGGGUACAGCACGGCAUCUGCGCCGUCUCCACGCACGGCCUCUACGACACCAUAAAGUCACAGCAGUCCUGCAGAGUUUCACUGUGAAUUCUUUAUAGAUCACCUCAGAGCAAGUCCUGCUGCUCUCACUGACACUGUCACACUUCAGGUCAUGUGACUGUAGACCUAUGGAGGUCCUGUGUCGUCUCUGUUCCUUAAUGGAAGGCGAUGUAAACGUCAGUCAGUUCAUCUCUGUAGACGCCUCCUUUAUACAGAGCUCCCCUUCAACCAGCGUGUUAGUCUGACGCCAUGGCAACCUCCUCACACGACACGCAGCAACAUGUUGACAAGGACACACAAACAAACAAACACACUAACACACACAGACAAACAAACAAACAAACAUGCUAACAAACAA